AAACUCUCUCCCUUCGCCUCUCCUUCUCCUUCUGUUUCAGUGCUUAAAUUCCCUAUAUAUUACCCCUCAUUAUAACCCUUUUCUCUUCAUCCCUCACCAUUCUCUUCUCUUCUUUCUUCUACAAAAUCUAACUCCAUAUCCCUCUUCUGGAAAAUGUUGGCCAUGGAAGAGCUUUUGUUUGAGCUCAAUGGGGAAGAUCCAAACGACCAAGGUUUGCCUCCAGGCUUUAGAUUCCAUCCAACUGAUGAAGAGCUUAUAACCUUCUAUCUUGCUUCUAAGGUCUUUCAUGGGAGCUUUUGUGGAAUCGAAAUAGCUGAAGUUGACCUCAACAGAUGCGAGCCCUGGGAGCUUCCAGAUGUGGCAAAAAUGGGGGAUAGGGAAUGGUACUUCUUCAGCCUGAGGGACAGGAAGUACCCAACAGGGCUGAGAACAAAUAGAGCAACCGGAGCUGGGUACUGGAAGGCCACAGGCAAAGAUAGGGAAGUGUACAGUGCCUCAACUGGUGCAUUACUUGGCAUGAAAAAGACCCUCGUUUUCUACAAGGGCAGAGCUCCCAGAGGCGAGAAGACCAAGUGGGUCAUGCACGAGUACCGCUUGGACGGUGAUUUCUCCUACCGUCACACGUGCAAGGAGGAAUGGGUAAUUUGCAGGAUAUUUCACAAAACUGGGGAGAAGAAAAAUGGCCUGGUGCACGGGCAAGGCUUCGUCUUGGAAGUUUCGUCACCACCCAUAUCUUGUUCCUUGCCUCCAUUGCUUGAAGCCCCAUCGACGCUAUUAAAAUGCCAAGAUCAAGCUCCGACGGAGGUACUCCAAAAUCAUUUUCUGAUUCACCACCAAGAAGGUGAUCUGAAAAGUUUACUGCUGAGUUCCCUAGUCUUCCAAUCUAACAACAUAGUCUCAGUAAAUGAGUUAUUCCAACCCUCUUUUUCAGCAGCUUCUAUAACAAAGAACACUAGAGAAACAAACAAAAACGUACACACAGACACGAACACCAACGGCGCGUCACCAUCGAUGCUCUUCAAGUCCCCCGUCUCGCAUCAAGAUUGCACUUUGAAGGAACAAUCCAAUAUUCCAAAACAGUGCAAGACAGAGGCAAACUUUUCCUAUUUUCAACUGCCUGAUGCUAACAGUAAUAUGAACUGGGUGGAUAAGGUUCAUCCAAGCCCAUGCAUUCAAUAUCCCUUGUCUUGUGAGAUGGAUUGCAAUGUUUUGGGGAUCUCAGCAGCUGCUACUGAUUCAGACAUUACUGCCUAUGAGAUGUCCACUUCAAUUGCUUUCAACGGGGCCGGCUUUCAGAUGAUGAUGUUAGAUACUCCUAUCAGACACCCUGCAGAAUCUUGGCAAUUAGAUUCUUAAGAUCUUAGAGUGUCCAAACAGCUAGUGCCAUACUAGUUCAUAUGUAUACAGUAUAUCAUCUAUAUAAUGUAGCCCCUGUGUUCAUUAAUGUACUGCAGCAUAAUUAAAUGUAGUGCUCGGAGAUACGAACGUAUCUAUGUAGUAAUUUAAGGAUUUUUAGAGAUGUGUUUUUUUUGCUGUUGGGU